AUGGCCCUGUGUGGAUUAUUGGAACAGAAUGAUAGAGGUGCGUGGCAAUUGAAGCUAAUUGAACUGGGCGAUGCAAACAGGAUUCUUUCAGGAAAAUCAUUCAAUUGCGAAGUACACGAUGUAAUUGACGUUACGCUGGACCAUUUGAUUAACGAGUCGCGCGAGGUGCAGCGGUUGUACUACUGGGCAAAUUCUAGCGGCUCUGCUAUGCUGCUGGACAUUAACAAAUUGGCGGAUAAUAUAGCAAAUGAUUUAUUGAUUGAAUCUCGGGCUAAUAUGAUGGAACUAUUCAACAUCAAUGCCUGGAGAGUCUUACUGGACAUAAUUACCAGUAACGUAGGCAGUUUAGUACGCAACAAUUUUAGCAGUAACAACAACACUAGAACAGAUUCCUGGAUCUUCACUGUACAAAAUUUACAAAUGGCGUUAUUGACACCAGAAAUAUACGGCUCUAAAGUAGACCCUGGGCACGUUUUGAGUAGGAUUCAAAGUUGUUUGAGGAUUAUGAUAAAGAAUUAUGGCGAAGUAUCCACUGAUCACGAUAUGUUGGCACAAUUGGAUAGUUAUAUAAGAUACUGCACCAAAAAUGUGGAAUUAGUUGGCCAGGUUGAUAACUUUGCACUGUUCACUCAAGUCUGCUCAAAAACUGCGCAACUACUCUCUAUUGAAAAACUGAAUGCCUAUGAGUCGCGGCAAAAUGAAUAUAAGGUUCCUGGGUGUUUUCAGUCCCUUUCUUAUAAAAUUUUCAGCCCCUCGUUCAAACACCUCACUGAUCGGAAUGUGGCAGCGGUGUUACUACUCUCUCAUUUAUUAGGCGCCUACACCGUACGGGAGUGUUGUAUGCGAUAUAUUUCGCUGUUCCUUGCAAACGAAUUACGCCAGGUCAUAUUUAAGACAGUUGAUGAGUGCGAUGCCGAUGUUGUGCGGAGUAUUUCAUAUAUACCAAAGUCGUUACACCAAUACAUGUUACAAUUGGUAUCUACUAGAUCAACUGAAAUUAGUGAUACUAGUGAUAUUUGA